CACUCCUGGAACUCGGGCUUUGAGAACACUGAGGUUGGCGCUGCAGGAUUUGAUCGGGCCAGGUACCCGGAGCUCAGAAGCGCGUGCAGCCCCAGCUUGAUUCUCCCGCGCGAAACUGAGCGGACUGCUCCACCGCGGACCUGCGCGGUGGGGGGAAGCCCGCGCAACCAAACACGCGGACCAAUGCCAGUCGCGCUCACCCUCUGCGCGCUCCCGCGCCGGCCGUAAGGCUAGGACCGCAGGUGGCGAGGCUCGGGUGCGGGCGCGUGGCCAGAGGCCUUGCGAGGUUGCGCUGCGCUCGCGGAACCGUGCUGUCCCCCCGUUCGUACUCAGUGCGCUGCUCCACGGCAAACUCCGCGCGCUGCGUGCUCGGGGCCGCGCCAGCCCGGGUGGCCGCGUGCAGGGCGCAGGGAAGUGAGCCCAGCAGGGAAGAUGGAGCUGGCCACGCGCUCCCAGAAUGCGUGUUUGCAUUCCAAAUACUUCACAGAAGAACUUAGAAGGAUUUUCAAAGAGGACACAGACUCGGACAAUGAAGAUUUCGAAGGAUUUACGGAGAGUGAGCUGAACAUAGGCAGUAACCCAGAGCUCAUAGAGUCAGAGCUGAGCGAUGGUGACAAAACACAUCCUAUGAUGAGUGACGAGGAGGACGAUGAUGAUGAAGAGGAGGCUGCACCUAGAAGAGGCCGCCAGUCCACGAGAAGCAGUUUUGGCCUCCGGGUAGCCUUUCAGUUCCCCACCAAAAAAACGGCAAAAACGCCAGAUAAAAAUAGCCCGCACUUGCUGGGCGGCAAGACGGAUCUUAGAAGAGAGAAGAGCUGCAGGCAGCCCAAGGAAAAGGAAGACUCUGCUUCUGACGCUGAGGACGAGUCGAGGGCUGAGAGCCAGGAGACUUCAGAUGCUCUGCUGAAAAGGGCCAUGAACAUCAAAGAGAACAAGGCCAUGCUUGCUCAGUUGUUGGCGGAAUUGAAUUCAGUGCCAGAUUUCUUCCCCGUGAGGACGCCACCCUCAGCUUCUAGGAGGAGAACACCUCGACGGGCCUUCUCAGAGGGACAGAUCACACGGCGCGUGAACCCAACCCGGAGCGCACGGCCCCCAGAAAAGUUUGCUCUGGAAAACUUCACCUUCUCAGCCACCAAGCUUACCGAAGAGCUUUACAGUUUCAGAAGAAGAAAGACAAUCAGUGGGGGGAAAUGCCAGAAGUAUAGAAGGCACCGGAUAUCUUCUUUCCGCUCAGUGAAAGACAUCACCGAGGAAGAAUUGGAAAAUAUCGCCAUAACUGUGCGAGAUAAAGUCUAUGAUAAAGUGCUUGGUAACACGUGCCAUCAGUGCCGGCAAAAGACCAUCGACACCAAGACAGUCUGUCGGAACCAGGGCUGUGGCGGUGUGCGGGGCCAGUUCUGUGGGCCGUGCCUGCGGAAUCGCUAUGGGGAGGAUGUGCGGACAGCAUUGCUGGAUCCGAAGUGGACAUGUCCUCCCUGCCGUGGGAUCUGCAAUUGCAGUUACUGCCGGAGACGAGAUGGCCGCUGUGCCACUGGGAUUCUCAUUCAUCUGGCCAAGUUCUACGGUUAUGAUAAUGUCAAGGAGUACCUGGAGAGCUUACAGAAGCAGCUGUAGAAGAUCGUCGAGAGGAGAGGGAUCGCUCCAACGUCACAGGCGAAGUCUCACAAGACGGGCCGGCUCUUUGUGCUAGCCUUGGACGCUUGUUUUCUAGAAUUUACUAGUUUUAAUACUAUUGGGGUUGUUUUUUUUUUUUUAAAGUUUAUAUGCUUAAAAAGAUUUCUCAGGAAAAUAGUAAAGCAGAGAAAUCUGUAUACAGACCUGAAUUGUUACAAGUGUCUGCUGAAGAUUUUAAAAGCACAGUUUGAAAUGGGGCAGAGUUAAUGCUCAGGUAAGUUAUAGCGAAGACCUUGUCUAACCGCUCUUGCCUUUGACGGUCAGCUCCACCAUGGUCACUCCCUUUCUACAGAGGCUGUCACUUUGCCUCCCAAGUGACGAUAGCUCAAACCUGAGAGUUUACCCUGCUCUCAACAUUGAAUUCUGGGUCGUCAGAAAUUUGUAUUGAAGAAUGUUACUCUAAACUAUCAAGUGCAAUUAACCACACACUGUGAGUGAGGCGUCCUUUUUAUUAAGAGACAACAGAAACAGACACUGGAGGCCUCACCGUGCUUGCCUCUUCCUUCCCUCAGGACCUGCCUGGAGCCUGCUGCUUCUAUGUUUUGAAAGUUCUUUUUAGAGAUCUUGCCUUUUAUAGAACCCUCACUGCAUCGUUUCCGAGACUUAGGGAUAUGAGAUAAGCCACGGUGUUGGGGAAAGCUAAAAUCAAUGAGUAUACAUCCCUUAGAGGUGUUUAGCGUUUUUGUUCUUGUGUACUGUGAUUCCCCCUCCUCAAGGAAUAAUUCUCUAACAAAAGAAUGUAUACCUGUUACUGAAGCAUGCUCACUGGGUCUGGCUGAAGCAGGAAGAAUGCAAGUUGUGCCAAGGCCGUUUAUGCUUCUAGUAGUAGAGCUACACCUGCCAGGACCCACUUAGCUAUCCUGUCUUUGCUCCUUAGCCUGAACGUCCACACGUAGGUGAGGCCUCUCGCUUUGGUUUUGUAAACGGGGCACUCAUAGGCAUGCUUAACUUCUUGUCUGUCUGCGGGUAUGGCUUUGGCGAAGAUGACUGGCAUCGUGGAUGUUAACUCCUUAAGACGGGCAUCAACAAGGGCUCCUGACUGGAUGUCCCACCUGGCACCUGUGGCAGAAACAACGGUUGCGUAACUUGCAUGCUGGCACUGAUGCUCUAAUCGUUUGAUGCAAUAAAUGCUCCACUUUUA